GUGUUUCGUUCUGUUAUACAUAAGGUCACCAAGAGCCAGAGCCGACUAGACGGCACCUAACAGAAAUCUGAGCAUGCUGCAAGAAAGAAGUUAGAGCUGAGGGAUUGAAAAUUCAAGGCAUGGAUUCUAUGUGCAAAGGAAAAAGAAGAUAUCCUAUUCAGCAAGACCGUAGAGUAUAUAGUAAAGAGUUGGGAUCAAGAAUCUAAAUGGAAGUCAGCUGCGGAAAAGGGGAAUGGCCAAUAUGAUCCCAAAGAAGGAUAGGUGGUAUGAAAAAACAUUCUGAGGGGAAGAAGAUAAAAGGCAACAGAGCUUGCCUCAGAAUGGUCUAAGUCUUUCAUUAAAUAAGAAGGUAAGUCAGUCAUCAGUGGAGAGUGAGUUAAAUUCUGAGCAGAACAGAUUAAGUCUGGAAUAGCUACUCUUACAAUUUUGUCUCUUGCUCAGCCAGGCAGAGAAUGAAUAUGAAAAGGUUGAAUAAAAAGCUGAGAAAUAUUUGAGCUGCCCUGAGGGCCCUGUGCAAGUAACCUAGCCUUAGCUCUAACAUAUCUGUAUUAUAAUUAUCAAUAUACCUGUUUGCGUCCCUGUAAGACAUGGAAGUAGAAAAUAUGUUUACCUUGGUCAUCACUCUAUCUCCAUGAGCAUACAGCUACUCCAUAAAUAUUUCACAAAUGAAUAAAUAUGUAAUGGACACAAUUUGCAUAAUUUUAAAUUCCUUAGUGAACAAUUAGUGUCUGACAGAUAUUAUGAAAGAAGUAAAGAAUUUCCCGAAAUGGUAUUUCAGCUGUCUUGCCAGACUUAUAAAAGAGAUGAUCAGUCACCAGUUGCCAAUGAGUCGACUCUGACUCACAGCGACCUCACUUGUGUCAGAGUAGAACUAUGUCCCACAGGAUCUUCAAUGGCUGAUUUUCCAGAAGCAGAUCAACAGGACUUUCUUCCAAGGUGCCUCUGGAUAGACUCAAACCUCCAAAACUUUUGGUUAGCAGCCAAGCGUGUUAAUUGUUUGUACCACCCAGGGACUUCAUAAAAGAGAUAAGACUGUCCUUUUAAGUUAAAGAUAGAAUCUGUUCAAUAAAUGAAAAAGGCACCAGAGAUAAAAUAAGAUCUCUACCACUAAUUAGGUCAAAUUAAAAUUAACUUUAGUAAGAAUUAAAUCUAUCUGAAGUUCUUAAGAAAUAAGAUAGUCUACAUAAAUGAAGCUUUCAGGUAUUUAAAAUCCUAUCCUACCAAUAAGAAUCAUAGUUUUACCUAUUUUUAAAAUCAUUUUGGAUGGAAAUCUUAAAAAAAAAUGCAUUUCACAUUUUCCACUCAUCCAGAACACAGUUGAAUGAACAUUAUCUCAAUUAUUAUACUACAUAAAGUGUGGAAAGUUGAGUUAAAUGACAACUACAGGGCUCUAUUCUAAGUAGACCUACACUUCUAUACUUUUUAAUUCCUGCCCUUUUUUUCUCCUCCCAGUUGACACACUGCUAUCAUCCAAGUGUUUGCCCACUUUUUAAUUUGUAGUAGGCAGGGAAACAUGUUUGUUAAAAUUGUCUCAAGAAUUAAUUUAUCACAGAAUAUGCUUUUGUACUAUUUAAGACUUACCACCAUGUGCAAAUGUAGGCUCAUCUACCCGUUUAUUUAUUAUUAUUUUGCUUUCUUUCUGAUUCUUGGUUGUAUUUCCAAUAACUUCUGGUUGCCAAAUAAAUGGUUGUUCUAGCUAGUUAUGGUUCCUUAGCCAUUAUGCCAGUUAAAAGAAGAAGAAAAAAAAGAAAAUCCAAGCACCAACUUUAAUGACUUCUAACGGAAAAAAAGUGAUUAAACAUAGGGAUGUAAUAACAGAAAAGAUCCUAUAAGAAAGACAAAGAACCAGGAUGGGGUGUCUCUGAAGCCAAGAGAAGAUAAAGUUUUAAGGAAAAAUGCUUAGUAUUGAUAAGACAUUAUAACAAGAUUGGUAUUUUUAUAAUAUACUCAAUGAACAUUUUAUAAAAUUAUCUAAAACCACAAAUCAAGGAAGGCUUAUUUCAUACAAGUCUUUUCAUUGGCUGUAACAGUGCUGGCAUUUUCAAUCAAUCAUUAUUUGUUCUGCAGACCCUUACUGGCCUGCAAGGGCACAGAAGUCAAAUUGUGAUUCAGAACAAAGCAGUAUUUUUUAAUAUUUCCGUAUUUCUGAAUAGAAAUGCUGCCAUAUUAAAAUCUAUCUAGUUGUUCUUGGUAAUUAUUCCAUUUUUCCAUCUAGAAUUCUUAGUAAGUACAAUAGAUUGCAUUCUUCUAAAACAGUGAUUUUUAAGUCAAAAAAGCAGCAAGUACUGCAUAAAAUCUGAAGUAUAAAACAAAUCAAAAGCUUAUCUGCUCAGCAGAAUGGAAUCAAGUAUUUUCCAAUAAUUUUCAACACAAGUUAAGGAUUAUAAAUUUGAAACAAAUAAAAAAAAAAGGGAGGAGGCCACAAAUGCCAUCACUGAUGUAGAAGCAAUUAAAAAAUAAACAAUGUAAGCAAUCUAUGAUGAUCCUUUAAGAAGGAAAACUUGAAGUUACUAAUAUUAAGCUAGUCUUAUGGUUGAGAGAGAACUUAGAUAGUUCAGCUGUUAAGGUUUUUACACAAUUUUCUGAAUAAGAAGAAAUGUAUUUUCAUUACAUACUGAAUAUUUUACUCAGUGUGAACUAUUUUUAAAAACUGCCAAUAAACUCCCAAACCCAGAGACCAUCUGUUUAAGAGCAACGAAAAAGCUCCUGCUAAAACUUACGUAUACAUGUAGAAUUCAGACCUUUCUGUGCUCUUCUAUAUAAGGAUGUAAAGAAAGCAAAUUAAUUGUGUUCCAUAGCAAAGGUAAAAGAGCUGGAUAAGAAUCUUGUUUCACUGCUAGAGCUCAGAACUCUAGAAAUCACUAUAAAGGCUCACAGGGCAGAAUCAAGCUCUAGAAUCUCUACCUCUGAUUUUUUUCUCAAACGGGAAAAACAGCCCAGGGUUAAUCCCAAACAAAAACCAUCUGAAGCUAAAAUGACAGGCUUUAAUUAUAGUCCCCGAAAUAUCACAGAGAGUGCUUAAAAAUGUAACUUCAAUAACAGUCACGAACUGGUUCAACACACUUAACUGGUGGUUUUACAAACAAUAAUGAAUGCUGCUACUCUUUAAAAAUGAGUGUAUCAAAGAGGAAAUAACCUCCUUGGCAUGCUUACAGCUAUACAACACAUUUGUUUCACUGCUUUCAAGCACCAGUGCUGGAGGCUCAGAGUAAGUCAACAGGAGGAGGACUCAGUCACAGCCGCAAAAGGUCUACAGAACAGAUAGGAUGAUAUGUUCGGGGAAAGGAACACACGAAUAAGAGGUAAGUAUUCAACAAAUAUAGAGUUAGCCUAUAGCUUUUUGUUUUCCCCAAGAACUCUGCUACCAUAAUCUUUCAUUUCUAUUCGGUAGUUCAGAAACCAAAAUGAAAAAUUUACUAAUACUAAAGGGGAAACUUUAAAUAUGAGAUUUGUAAAUGUUAUGAGUAAAUGGUCUAAUCUUCUUUUCAGCUUCUCUUCCUUCCCACGGGAACUUGGAAGGUUAAGAAAAAUUAUUACUUAAAACAAAUACAUAGAAAAAUGAAAUGCAUCAAAUUUGGCAUAAAGUGAUAAAUCCAGGAAGUAUCUGGUGCAGAAACAUACUUUGAAAGAUGAAAUCACUAAAACAAUGACUUGGAUCCUAAUACUGUUAUCUAUUUUUUUUCCUUCUCUCAAACUAAAGAAUUCUAAAAUGCUUUAUAAAUAUGGCAUUUAUAUCAGCAUUAACAUAAACUUGUUAACAUAAAACCCAACUACAAAUAAGUAUUCCUAUCUGGUAAAUCUUUUUUCUUUUUUCAGACCUUAGAUGGGCUUGGAGGGUUUCUAGGAGGAUGGCCAGUGUGUACGGAAAGUUCUAUUCAGACUGCCAUAAAAAAGGAAUUAUUUAGUGCUUUGACUUUCCUAUUCUUCUGUACAUUUUCUAAACUAAAGGUUAAAAAAAAAAAAUUCAAGGGUCAAGAAACUCCUACAUUUUUACUAUAAGCACUGAAAAAUAUUAAUGUAUUUCCAGUUUCUUUAACUGAGGCCUAUUAGGAACAUAGUAUUUUUGUGGGAAUUGGCGGCAUUGUCACAAAUGCACAGAAGACCUUUUGAGGGGGGAGGGUAAGUUUAAGUGCCUUUACUGCUUUUUGAAAUUAAAGAAAGAAAUUAAUACAAUCCACAUACUUUGUAUCUAGGGGAACAUCUCUGGUAUUCAAGUUCGAACACAACUCUACUGCUACAGCAAAAACAAAAAAGAAGAAACUAAUAAAUUGCCUAUUUUUCAAAGCCACUUUUUUUUUUUUUUUUUUUUUUUUACUAAGCCUUUCGAAAUCUGAGUCUCUACCUACAGACAUGGAUAGAUGCACGUAUGGUCUCAUUUUUGAGGACCUGAAUUUUCUUUUUGAAGUAAGGAGUCAACUUGGCUUUGAGUGUCUGGCAUGGGUAGAAUGGCUUAAAAAAGCAGAUGACCAGUCUAGCUACUGACCAUGCUGUUCGGAGUCAGAUCAAAUCACAGAAAAACAGAGAAUGGCUCUUUCUUACAGGUCUGAACAAAGCACAAUUCCUGAGGACAUUCUGCAGAGCACGUUUGAUCACUUAACGUCUUCUAACGGAUCUGGAUCACAGUCAGAAUCAAUACCAGAGGAAAUGAAACAGACUGGUGAGGAACAGGGAAAUAAACUGCGCUGGGCAGCUCUUCUGAUCCUCACGGUGAUAAUACCCACAAUUGGUGGAAACAUCCUUGUUAUUCUGGCUGUUUCACUUGAGAAAAAGCUGCAGUAUGCUACCAAUUAUUUUCUAACAUCCCUGGCAGUGGCUGAUUUACUGGUUGGAUUGUUUGUGAUGCCGAUUGCUCUCUUGACAAUAAUGUUUGAGCCAAUGUGGCCCCUCCCACUUGUCCUAUGCCCUGCUUGGUUAUUUCUUGAUGUUCUCUUUUCUACCGCAUCCAUCAUGCAUCUCUGUGCCAUCUCAGUGGAUCGUUACAUAGCCAUCAAAAAGCCAAUCCAGGCCAAUCAAUAUAACUCCGGAGCUACAGCAUUCAUCAAGAUCACAGUGGUGUGGCUGAUUUCAACAGGCAUUGCCAUUCCAAUCCCUAUUAAAGGUAUAGAGGCUGAUGUGGGUAACCUAAACAUCACUUGUGCGCUGACAAAGGACCGUUUCGGCAACUUCAUGCUCUUUGGCUCACUGGCUGCCUUCUUCACGCCUCUUGCGAUCAUGAUUGUCACCUACUUUCUCACUAUCCGUGCUUUACAGAAGAAAGCUCACUUGGUCAAAAACAAGCCACCUCAACGUCUAACAUGGUUGACUGUGUCCACAGUUUUCCAAAGAGAUGAAAUGCCUUGCUCAUCACCUGAAAAGGUGGCAAUGCUGAAUGGUUCUCUCAAGGACAAAACUAUGCCCAACUCAAGUGAGGACAUAUUUAUACGAAGGAUGGCCACAGUUGGAAAAAAGUCAGCGCAGACCAUUUCCAAUGAACAGAGAGCCUCAAAGGUUCUAGGGAUUGUUUUUUCCCUCUUUUUGAUUAUGUGGUGCCCCUUUUUUAUUACAAAUGUAACUUUAGUUUUAUGUGAUUCUUGCAAUCAGUCUACCCUCACUAAGCUCCUGGAGAUAUUUGUGUGGAUAGGCUAUGUGUCCUCAGGGGUAAACCCUUUGGUCUAUACCCUCUUCAACAAGACAUUUCGAGAUGCAUUUGGACGAUACAUCACUUGCAAUUACCAGGCCACAAAGUCAGUAAAAACUCUUAGAAAAUGCUCCAGCAAGAUCUACUUCCAGAGUCCAAUGACAGAGAACUCUAAAUUUUUCAUGAAACACGGAAUGAGAAAUGGGAUUAAUCCUGUCAUGUACCAGAGCCCAAUGAGGCUCCGAAGUUCAACCAUUCAGUCUUCAUCAGUCAUUCUACUAGAUACACUUCUUCUCACCGAAAAUGAAGGUAACAAAACAGAAGAGCAAGUCAGUUACGUAUAGUAGAACCGGCACAGCUUGCAUCUAAAUAAUACAACGAUCAGUAAGAAGAUGAACCGCCAUGUAAAUGUGUCAAAAAUUAUAUAAAAGAAGAAUUUUAUGUCAUAUAUCAAAUCAUCUCUUUAAGAGUUAUAUUAAGAUUAUCCAAUUUUCCUUAUUUGGGUAAAAUUAUUAGAUAAAAAAAUCAUUUUAUAUAGCUGCAAAUGAAAAUCUGACAUUCUGGUUAAAUAUCAAGGUAUUCAAAUACAAUAAAAUACAUCAAUAAAUAUCAGCUUUAAAAAAAGAGUCAUCAUAAGAAUUUAUUAAAUUCCUAAUUGAAUGCAAAGCUGUGCUAAGAAUGAAAUUAAAUAAGCAGCCUUCUCUUCAAGGCCUAAAAAGCAUAAGAUAUGGUGCAAAAUAACAGUGAUAUGAACAAAGAACUAAAAAUAAAUGUAUAAAACAAUGAUCACAUCUGGAGGUGAGUUAAGAUUGCCAUUUACAGUUUGGCCUGGUUAAAUAUAGACAUGAUCUUCCUUUGAUCAGGAAGUUGUCUUGAUGGAAGGGGUAGGAAGACAGUAGUGGAUAUCACACAAAAUAAUAGGAUCUUAGAACUAGAACUGGUGGUUAAAUGGCUAAUACCAGGCAUCUAUUCUGCAGUGGUGAGGCUACUGGAGAAGGAGGAGGAAAAGCAAAUAAAAUUACUGUCAGGUAUUUUAAUACCUUAAAGGUAUUAAUGAACAUGUGUACACUGGAGGCAUGGGACCUCAAUCCUGAGACCUAAACUUUAGUGAUCUCAUAAAACCGAGAUCCAACCUGCCUGUUUCUGUAGCUGCCUUGGUCCUGUGGACUCUUGUCUAACCUGCCUGAAGAUGCCUGCCCAAAGACUUGGUUGAAAUUCUGGCACAGAAAUUUUUUAUUCACCCUUUCAUCUUGCAUUAUACACAUACGGGCAUUAAGCCUAAUUUUGUUCUAAACUUAUUUUGAUUUUUAAUAUGAAGAAAGAAUAGUAGAGAGAAAAUGGGCUCUGAAGUCAGCUAGGUCAGGGGAUGAAUCCAAUCUGGGCCACUUACUAGACAGCUGUUUGAAUUUAGGAAAGAACUUAACUUCUAUGAGCCUCAGUUUCCUCAUCUACAUUUCUUAGGGUUCUUACGAGGAUGAAUACAUGGUAGGCAUUCAACAAAUGGUAGCCACUUUCAUCUAUUUACUGGUGAUAUUUUAUUUUUAUGCUACUCUCAUAAACAGCAAACAAAACUGUAGGUCUGAGAGGGUCUGAAGUGAAAACAGCCCAUACAUUAGGUUUUCCUUUUCAGACUGACCCACACUGAUGACUCAACUAUUCCCUUCCAGGCAUCUCAGUCUAGGAAAAUUCCCUCAAGGAAUGUGUUGGCUAUGGAGAAUCUCAGCAUCAGAGAACCGGGCAUAUGUUCUCCCAACAGCAGAAACCUUUUCCAGAACAUGGUUCUAGACAGGUCCUCAUCUGUACCUUUUCAUAUGAGCUCUAUAUCAUCUGCCUGGAAGAGUAUAACUUGGAAAUUUAAUUCCUAAAUCAUCAAAGCUUCAGGCACCUUUCCCGACUAGUCUAAGAUUUUUUCAGAAGCAUUAUCUGAGAGAAGAGGUAAAAUAAUUUAUGUUCCUAAAAAAUAAAUAAAAUAAACCAUUCUUCUCUUUCUUGGUUCUAGUCUCUAAUACGAUGGUUUUGGCAUAUGUUAAGAUUUAUAGUCUUCCUGCCAAGACACAUGAAAUCGUUGCGUUUUCAGAUAUCACUCUAACAGUACUUCUGUAUUUUAUUCAUUUGAAGGAUACAUAAAUGUUUCAGAAAAUCUAAAUACUAGUAUUGGCAAUUACACUGCCAAAGUUCUAUCCACAGACAAUUUAGAUCAAAGAACUGUCUUCCCACAUGCUCUGUACUGCCUCUAAACAUGUGUAUGUGUUUAAACAGUACACAUAGACAAACUAUUUACAUUUAAUUUCUGGGGAAAAAAAAAAUCCUUGCUUACAGUUAGCAGAGAGCUUUCUAUAAUUAAUGAGAGCAUUCUAGUAUUUCUAUAAGAUUUUAGAAAAUGAAAUACAACUCCAAUAUCAACUAGUUCUGAAAAUGUACAACAGCACAAAAUUCUUACCACUUUGAUAUAGAACUAGUAUUUCCCUUUUCAAAACACUUUGAAGAAAUCUAUAUUCUAAAGCAAAUCUCAGCAGUUACGGCCCAUAAAACAAAACAAGACUAAAUGGGCACACCAGAUGAGGGGCAAGGACGAGAAGGCAGGAGGAGACAGAAAAGCUGGUAAUGGGGAACCCCAAGGUCGAG